GGUCCAGGUGGUGACGGCUCAGGCAGUGACGUCGCCGGUUGUUGUUGUUUGGCGCGGAGAAGAUGGAGGCGGAUGGCGGGGUCGCUGCCCAGUUGUUGAGGGAGUUCGUAUCUAUCACGGGGGCCAGUGAAAGCGUGGGCAAACACAUGUUAGAAGCAUGCAGCCAGAACUUAGAAAUGGCUGUCACAAUGUUCCUGGAUGGCGGUGGUAUCGCGGAGGAGCCUAGCACUAGCUCUGCAGGGGCGUCCACAGCUCGACCUGCUGCAGAAGAUGAUGUUCGAGCUCCUAUACCACAGAAACAAGAAAUCCUUGUGGAGCCAGAAAUGUUUGGCGCUCCCAAAAGGCGAAGACCAGCGCGAUCAAUAUUUGAUGGAUUCCGAGAUUUUCAAACUGAAACCAUUCGCCAAGAACAGGAACUGCGGAACGGAGGAGCAGUUGAUCAGAAAUUAACUACCUUGGCUGAUCUGUUUCGACCGCCUAUUGAUCUUAUGCACAAAGGCAGCUUUGAGACGGCAAAGGAGUGUGGGCAGCUGAAGAACAAGUGGCUGAUGAUCAAUAUUCAGAAUGUGCAGGAUUUUGCUUGUCAGUGCUUAAAUCGAGAUAUCUGGAGCAAUGAUUCUGUGAAGUCUCUAAUACGAGAACAUUUUAUAUUUUGGCAGGUUUAUCAUGACAGUGAAGAGGGACAGAGAUACAUUCAGUUCUACAAGUUAUCAGAUUUCCCAUAUGUCUCCAUUUUGGAUCCUCGUACAGGCCAGAAGAUGAUUGAAUGGCAGAAAUUAGAUGUUAACGCCUUCCUUGAACAAGUUACAGGAUUUUUAGCUGAGCAUGGUCAGCUCGACGGACUCUCCAGCAGCCCACCAAAGAAACGGCUGCGUUCUGAGAGCCUCAUCGAUGCAAGUGAGGACAGUCAGUUAGAAGCGGCAAUACGUGCCUCCUUGCAAGAAACCCAUUUUGACUCUUCAGCCAGUAAACCAAACGCCCGAUAUGAGGAGGAGUCGGACACAGAGCUGUAUUCUGGCAGUGAAGAGUUUAUCUCUGUCUGUGGAUCAGAUCACGAGGAAGAGGAGGAGAGGCCUCCAGAGUCAUUGCCAGAACAGGAGACUUCCAGCAGUAAAUCUAGGAAGGCCACCUGUAAAACCAUCAAUCACAGGAAAGAUGAUUUAAGUCGGGCAGAGCCAGUUGUAGAAGAAGCAGAUGAAGACUCCUCAAACUACCAGUUGCUACCUGAAACAACUCAUGCAGGAUCUCAAGCUACAAAGGACAAUGUUGGGAAUGAUGAAUCCUCUGAAGACUGUCCUGAUACUAGUAACGGUCCCAAAGCGAAGCUAAUGUUGCGAUACCCAGAUGGCCAAAGGGAACAAAUUUCAUUACCAGAAAAGGCCAAGUUAAUGGCCCUGGUUAAGCACGUGCAGCAGAAAGGAUUUCCAAAUGAGAGGUUUGAGCUCCUUACAAACUUUCCACGACGGAAGUUAUCACACUUGGACUAUGAUAUUACGUUACAAGAAGCCGGCUUGUGUCCUCAAGAGACUGUGUUUGUACAAGAAAGAAAUUGACCGCCUCAUGUUACCGUCCCUCCUGUUACUUUGCCAUUCCUAAUGAGAUUUUUUUUUUUUUGGUUCUCAAACUUCCUUUUGUCUCCUCCUUAAUGCAUAUUGCUUGGGAAUGGCAGGUAUCAGUGACCUACAAUGGUCAGGGGAGGCCUAUUUGGGAGAUUUAGUGGUGGAAGACACCAUAAAGGCAGUUUUCAUAUUUUGAAACUUUUCUGUCUUCCACUAAUACUGGAAGAAGCAGGCCUCAUACAUCGGUAUCUCCCAAUUAUUUUAGGAAGGUCGCAUUUUUUUUUUUUUUUUUUAUACUUUCCAUAGUUUAUAUGUUAAUUUGGAACUUCAAGGGGAGUUCCAUCAGUGACUCUUAUUUAUUACUUUUUUCACUUCUUCUUUUUUAUGUUUGCAAAACCUGCAAAGCAUAAGUUUCAUUUCAGACCUGUCAUUGCAUAUUCAACAUGCUGAUCCUGGAACUAUGACCAUCUCACAUCUGUGUCUAAAUGUGUUACCAAAUGCCAGUAAUAUUGGGGGCAGCCAUGUCUAAUUGUCCAACCGCCUCUGUUAAGAAUCGAUUAGUGGAUUACAGG